AUGACUCAGCAUGUCCAAACCACCUGUAUGAACAGUGAGGUCUACACUGCAUGCUGCCUGCCUUCUGGGAGUCCCGACCUCCACCUCCUGCCAGCUUCCCCACCUCCUGUCCCUGCUGCCCCAUACCCAGUCCCCAGACCUGGAGACCUAAUUGAAAUUUCUCGCUUUGGCUAUGAGCACUGGGCCAUCUAUGUGGGAAAUGGCUAUGUGGUCCAUCUGGCUCCACCAAGUGAAGUGGCAGGAGCUAGUGUGAGCAGCAUCAUGUCCAUCGUGGCUGAAAGAGCCAUAGUGAAGAAGGAGCUGCUAUCUGUGGUGGCCGGAGGAGACAGGUACCGGGUCAAUAACAAGCACGAUGACAAGUAUGACCCACUGCCACCCAACAAAAUUGUCCAACAGGCAGAGAAAAUGGUGGGGAAGGAAGUCCCCUAUUCAUUGACAAGUGACAACUGUGAGCACUUUGUGAACACGCUGCGCUAUGGAGUUUCCCGCAGUGACCAGGUGACUGACACACUCACUGCGAUUGGUACUGCAACAGUUGUCCUGGGUGUUUUUGGCCUCAUUGGGAUGGCGGUCGCCAGAAGCAAGCGUGAAAAGCAGUAAAUGCAAGGCUUUAUCUUGGCRGCAYCAGUUACCUUGGGGGAGUUUGA